UGUCAGCCCCCUCCGCACGGGAACCAGGGGAGGGGGGAGCGAGCCGCUGACCCAGGGGGCUUGCGGGCUGUACCACCGACUCUGCACCCGGGGGGACUCGGGGGACCGAAGGGCUGAGCCACUGAGCCCGGCCGCGGCCCGUAGAGUGAACCACUCUGCGGGAAUCAUGGAGGGGAGGAGCAAAGGGUCAAGAUUACCCGCCACUGACCACCCUCCGGGGAUGGGGGAAGGACCCGAGACUGGGAGGCAAGGCUUCCUGGUCCUGUUUUCUCGAAGCUCCCCUCGCAAUACACUAGAAAGCCCCGCCCCGUCGGCUACUCAGUGUUUGCAUCUGCGAAAUGGGCAUAUGGGCGCAGCUGCGUGCGCCGCGGGGCCCCGAGAUGAAGCCCACCUGUUCCAGCCCCCGUCACCUCUUCUCGCAGAGUAAAGGCCCCGGACCCUGGGCCCCCCUAUCAGGCCGCCCCCCGAGCCGAUGGAGGAGAACGAGGUGGAGAGCAGUAGCGACACGGCCCCUGGUCCUGGCCGGCCCGAGGAGCCCUCUGAGAGCGGCUUGGGUGUGGGCACCUCGGAAGCCGUGUCGGCCGACAGCAGCGACGCCGCGGCCGCUUCGGGGCCAGCCGAGGCCGACGACUCUGGCGUGGGGCAGAGUUCGGACCGCGGCACCAGCUCUCUGGAGGAGGUAUCCGAGAGCAGCUCCAGCACAGAACCCCUGCCCCAUGGCUACCUCCCUGAUUCAUCUUCUGUUUCCCACGGGCCAGUGGCAGGGGUGACAGGCGGCCCCCCAGCCCUGGUGCACUCCAGCGCACUCCCAGACCCCAACAUGCUGGUGUCCGACUGCACGGCUUCUUCCUCAGACCUCGGCUCAGCCAUUGACAAGAUCAUCGAGUCCACCAUCGGGCCCGACCUCAUCCAGAGCUGCAUCACCGUGACCAGUGCUGAGGGCGGUGGGUCCGAGACCACACGGUACCUGAUCCUGCAGGGACCAGAUGAUGGGGCCCCCAUGGCAUCACCGAUGUCCAGUUCCACCCUGGCCCACAGCCUGGCAGCCAUCGAAGCUCUAGCCGAUGGCCCCACGUCCACAUCCACGUGCCUGGAGCCCCCUGAGGAGGUACAGGGUGGACCCAGCUCCCCAGCGCAGCCAUGCCUGGGUUCUGGCGCCGAGGAGCCAGACCUGCAGAGCCUGGAGGCCAUGAUGGAGGUGGUGGUGGUGCAGCAGUUCAAGUGCAAGAUGUGCCAGUACCGGAGCAGCGCCAAGGCCACACUGUUGCGCCACAUGCGGGAGCGGCACUUCUGCCCAGCAGCCGCCGCCACCGGAAAAAAGGGACGUCUGCGGAAGUGGGGUGCCUCUGCCAGGACCCAGGAGGAAGAGGGCCCAGAGGAGGAGGACGAUGAUGACAUCAUAGAUGCCGGCGCCAUCGAUGACCUGGAAGAGGACAGCGACUAUAACCCUGCUGAGGAUGAGCCCCGGGGCCGGCAGCUACGGCCCCAGCGCCCCACUCCCAGUACACCGAGACCCCGCAGGAGACCUGGCCGGCCCCGGAAGCUGCCUCGCCUGGAGACCUCGGAUCUCCUGGAUGGUGUGGAAGGAGAGCCUCUGGUCAGCUCCCAGACUGGACAGAGCCCUCUGGAGCCACAAGACCCCGAGGCACCCAGCUCCUCAGGCCCAGGACGCCUGGUGGCCCUGGGCAAGGCCAACCGGCCCCCUGUGGAACCCGGCAUGAGCCAGUCAGAUGUGGAGAACGCAGCACCGUCCUGCCAGGACGAGCCCGACGCCCCGCCCCGCCGCCGUGGGCGACCCUCCAGGCGCUUCCUCGGCAAGAAAUACCGCAAGUACUAUUACAAGUCGCCCAAACCCCUCCUGCGGCCCUUCUUGUGCCGCAUCUGCGGUUCCCGCUUCCUGUCCCACGAGGACCUGCGCUUCCACGUCAACUCCCACGAGGCUGGCAACCCCCAGCUCUUCAAGUGCCUGCAGUGCAGCUACCGCUCCCGCCGCUGGUCCUCGCUCAAGGAGCACAUGUUCAACCACGUGGGCAGUAAGCCCUACAAGUGUGACGAAUGCAGCUACACCAGUGUCUACCGGAAGGACGUCAUCCGGCACGCGGCCGUGCAUAGCCGGGACCGGAAGAAGAGGCCAGACCCGACCCCGAAGCUGAGCUCCUUCCCCUGCCCUGUGUGUGGCCGUGUCUACCCCAUGCAGAAGAGACUCACACAGCACAUGAAGACUCACAGCACCGAGAAGCCCCACAUGUGUGACAAGUGUGGAAAGUCCUUUAAGAAGCGCUACACCUUCAAGAUGCACCUGCUCACGCACAUCCAGGCCGUCGCCAACCGCAGGUUCAAGUGCGAGUUCUGCGAGUUCGUUUGUGAGGACAAGAAGGCGCUGCUGAACCACCAGCUUUCCCAUGUCAGCGACAAGCCCUUCAAGUGCAGCUUUUGCCCCUACCGCACCUUCCGAGAGGACUUCCUGCUGUCCCACGUGGCCGUCAAGCACACAGGGGCCAAGCCCUUUGCCUGUGAGUACUGCCACUUCAGCACGCGACACAAGAAGAACCUCCGCUUGCACGUACGGUGCCGACAUGCAAGCAGCUUUGAGGAGUGGGGGCGGCGCCACCCCGAGGAGCCCCCUUCCCGCCGUCGCCCCUUCUUCUCUCUGCAACAGAUUGAGGAGCUGAAGCAGCAGCAUAGCGCAGCCCCUGGACCUCCGCCCAGCUCCCCAGGACCUCCUGAGAUCCCGCCAGAGGCAGCACCUCUCCAGUCACCCGAGACACCCCCGCUGCUGUGUUCUGACACCCUGGGUGGUGCUACCAUCAUCUACCAGCAAGGAGCUGAGGAGUCGACGGCCAUGGCCACACAGACAGCCUUGGACCUGUUGCUGAACAUGAGUGCUCGGCGGGAGCUGGGCAGCGCGGCCCUGCAGGUGGCUGUGGUGAAGUCAGAGGACGUGGAAGCAGGGUUCGCAUCCUCUGGUGGGCAGCCCUCCCCAGCAGGUGCCACUCCCCAAGUGGUAGCCCUCCACAUGGCAGAGCCAGGGGGCAGCGUGGCCGCCGAGAGCCAGCUAGGCACCCCGGACCUACAGCAGAUCACCCUGGCGCCUGGGCCAUUUGGCGGGGCUGGCUACAGCGUCAUCACGGCACCCACCAUGGAGGAGGGCACAUCGGCUCCUGGCACACCUUACAGCGAGGAGCCCCCCGGGGAGGCAGCCCAGGCCGCGGUUGUGAGUGACACCUUGAAAGAAGCUGGUACCCACUUCAUCAUGGCCGCCGACGGGACCCAGCUGCACCACAUCGAGGUGAGGCUAGGGGUAGCCACCUCUACUCUUCCCAUUUCUUCCUGCCUCCCUCCGUCGCUCCAAGCCUCACGCUCCCCUGCCUGUCCACAGCUGACUGCACAUGGCCCCAUCUCCUUCCCAAGUCCAGACGCCCUGGCCUCUGGAGCCAAGUGGCCCUUGCUGCAGUGUGGGGGGCUGCCCAGAGACGGCCCUGAGCCCCCGUCUCCAGCCAGGACCCGCCGAGUGGGGGACCCCCAGGGCUCUGCCUCCCCACCUCCUGCUGCCAGCAAAGCCCUGGGCCUGGUAGUGCCCCCCUCGCCACCAUCUGCAGCCACUGCGUCGUCAAAGAAGUUUUCCUGCAAGAUCUGCGCUGAGGCCUUCCCCGGCCGAGCUGAGAUGGAAAGUCACAAACGGGCCCACGCUGGGCCUAGUGCCUUCAAGUGUCCCGACUGCCCCUUCAGCGCUCGCCAGUGGCCCGAGGUCCGGGCCCACAUGGCGCAGCACUCAAGCCUGCGGCCCCACCAGUGCAACCAGUGCAGCUUCGCUUCCAAGAACAAGAAGGAUCUGCGGCGCCACAUGCUGACCCACACCAACGAGAAGCCCUUCGAGUGCCACCUCUGCGGGCAGCGCUUCAACCGGAACGGGCACCUCAAGUUCCACAUCCAGCGGCUGCACAGUCCCGAUGGGAGGAAGGUGGCAACCCCGACCACGCGGGCCCCGGCCCAGACCAAGACCCCCACCCAGACCAUCAUCCUGAACAGUGACGAGGAGACGCUGGCCACGCUGCACACUGCACUCCAGUCCAGUCACGGGGUCCUGGGCCCAGAGCGGCUACAGCAGGCACUGGGCCAGGAACACAUCAUUGUGGCCCAGGAACAGACAGUGACCGAUCAGGAGGAAGCCACCUACAUCCAAGAGAUCACUACAGCAGAUGGCCAGAUGGUCCAGCACCUGGUGACAUCUGAUAACCAGGUACAGUACAUCAUCUCCCAGGACGGAGUCCAGCACCUGCUCCCCCAGGAAUAUGUCGUGGUCCCGGAGGGCCAUCACAUCCAGGUACAGGAGGGCCAGAUCACACACAUCCAGUAUGAACAAGGGGCGCCGUUCCUUCAGGAGUCCCAGAUCCAGUAUGUGCCGGUGUCCCCAGGCCAGCAGCUUGUCACACAGGCCCAGCUUGAGGCUGCAGCACACUCAGCUGUCACAGCGGUGGCCGAUGCUGCCAUGGCCCAAGCCCAAGGCCUAUUCGGCACGGAGGAGGCAGUGCCUGAACACAUCCAACAGCUGCAACAUCAGGGCAUCGAGUACGACGUCAUCACCCUGACCGAUGACUGAGCCCCAGGGGCCCAACAAAGACCAUGGAUAUUGGGGCCAGCCCUGCUUGGGGUGGGGGGGCCCACUGGGACUCCCUCGCUGCUCCACCUAGGAUCUCCAGAUACUGAGCAGCCAGCAUCCUAUCACUCCUGGGGAGCCAGACCUGUGCUGCUGGGGUUAGGGGACAGCCGUGGGCCCCAGCCAGGACAUGCUGCGGGCCCCAGCCUGCAGGCAGGCUUUGGGAGAGAGAUUUAUUUUUGUUUGGAUGGACCCACUGGCCCCUCAGUCUCAAUAAAGGGACCAGAGUCCA